ACUAUCGCUCUGUCAGGAAGCGUGUGCUGAGACACACCUGGUUGUGCUGAUCAUAAACAGCAGACAAACGAAACAGAUUUCUGGGAAGUCCGUCGUGGAAUCUGUUUUUAUUUGAAAUGUUUUACUGGAGACGUCGCGCUCGAACAUCGCAGUCGCUGUGCUAAGGCCCUGAACCUCUGCUCACUGACCAGACGAGACUCCGCGGCACCGACGGGACGAUCACUGGGCUGCUGAAUACGUGCUCGGCUCGAUUAACAACAACUACUUACAUUUGGAAAGUUGGUGAUGGACUUCUUUACUCGCAGCGGCCAAACCGGAUGAUAAUGCGUGGGAAAAAUAAAGGCCAGCUCAGCUUUCUAUUACACUGUAUAGUAUAAAUCUCUGGAAUGUGGAGUUACGAGCAAAGCCACGUUAAGCAAAGUAAAAACAAAAAAACACCCCGAUUAGCAUUGUAGUAACCUACAGCGCGCGCCUGCGAUUAAAGGUCGCAUUUUAUCGAAAUGAAAAGUAAACACGAGCACAAUCCCGAGUCUGUGAAGACGCUGAACACUAUGGACGAGACGGUGGAGGAUGACAUCUCGGAGAUCCCACAGCACGCCGGGGUACCAAACGAAAACGGCGUUGUGAUGGUGAUCAACCACAGUAAAAUUCAGCCCCCUUUCAGCGUGGUGUGGGCGACUGUCCUGUACUGUGUCGAGUUUAUCUGCGCCUCGGUGCUGGCCAGCAUGUACCACACAAGCAGCGACGUAAUAUGGAUGGGUUUGACAAUUACCUUUAUACUGGUGCCUUCUGUGCUCACCCAGCUGACCUUAACUUUCGUCCAUCGGGAUUUAGGGAGAGACCGUCCUCUUGUGCUCUUCAUGCACCUUCUCCAAAUGGGACCGAUCAUCAGGUGUCUAGAAGCUUUGGUAGUUUACUUCAAGGCAGGCAGAAAGGAGGAGCCAUACGUAACCAUCACAAGGAAGAUGAAGCUAAAAAAUGGUAAAGUCAUCGGCUCCCCCAUGGAAUGGGAGAUCGGCCAUUCAGAGCGCAAGCUGGCUGUCCAUCGUGAUGCCUUUAAACGCACAGCUGUUAUCCAAGCGUUCCUCGGUUCCACACCUCAGCUCACACUCCAGCUGUACGCUACCAUUCAAGAGAAAUACAUCCUUCCUGCUAGACUUACCCUGAUGAUCAUCUCCCUGAUCUCAAUCACAUACGGGGCACUGGUGUGCAGUGUGUUGGCAAUCCAGAUCCGUUAUGACGAAUACAAAGUGAGCGUGAAGACUGGUGCAUAUUUGUGCAUGGUGUUGUGGCGUGGUUUGGAGAUCGCCACUCGUGUCACCUCAUUGGUACUCUUCAGCACAGCCCUAACCUACUGGGUGGUUCUGGUGGGUCUGGCCAACCUGCUCAUCUUCUUCUUCCAGCCGUGGGUGGAGUUCUGGGCACGGAGAGCCUCACUGCCUGAGAACGUCGAGAAGAACUUGAGCAAGCUGGGGACGUGUGUGGUGCUGUGCCUGGUUACACUGCUCUAUGCCUGCAUCAACAUCUUCUGCUGGUCGGCUGUGCAGUUGAACCUGGCCGAGCAGGAACUACUAGAGAAGCAGCCCCGCUGGAGCCGCCUGGCCAUAUACUAUACAGUACGCCUCAUCGAAAAUGUGGCACUCAUUGUUGCCUGGUACUUCUUUAAGUCAGACUUCUAUGAAUAUGUGUGUGCGCCGCUGCUCGUUGUGCAAUUGAUUGUAUGCUAUGGCCUCGCUGUGCUCUUUAUGCUGCUCUUCUACCAGUUCUGCCACCCGGCACGCAAACUCUUCAAGCAUAAUGUAGAAGACUGCCUGCGUUGUGCUUGCUGCUGGAGAAAAGAGCAUACGCUGGUUCCGCAGGUUCCACCAAACCCAGACCUCACUGUUCAGCUGGGGGUACGAGAAACAGAUAUCUUGGAGGACAUGGAGGCAGCUUGACAUGACCGUGUAUUUCAUUUGGUCAGAUCUGGCCCCCCCAAGCCUAGCAUAUUUGCACGAAUCCAUGAUCAUGAACAUCAUUUGAGCCUUGAUAAGGGCAGUAUGAGCCAUACAGAAACUGCUGUAGCUCAUUUCAAGAACAAAGUCCUUGAAAUCAAAUAUUUUUGAAUCCAAAAAUAUUGUUGAACAAAAAAGCCUUACUACUCUAAUUUUAGACUUCACUACUUUGGUGUGCAUUGGCAGGGAAUGAGAUUGUAGAGAGCUGGGGUUUUUUGGCUGCUACAUACCAAAGAAUGUUGCAAAGAAUGAGAUGAUUCACAAAGAUAGCCUUCACAAAGAGUUGAAAUGUCAGUACUUAGCCCAGGUGUGUUGGAAACAGGCCAGAUGUCUGACUCAAGAAUGGAGUUUGUGAUAAUUUGGGGCAUCCCCUGCUUUAUGUAAAAACACAAGCCAGCCAUUCAUUCCCGUAAAGUGCACUUUGAAACAUUACAGAGAUAAGCUGGGAGGCCUCCUAUAAGAAUCAUUUUCCUGUAGGUAAUGGAGGAAGGCAAACACUUUACGUGCGAGUGUUUACCUCAGUUUUACGUAGCUGUGGAUGUCAUGCAGAAGAUAAACCUGAUAGAUGCCUGUUUAAAUUGAUAACGGGGAUUAUAAGUGCAGGGAAAAAAAAAACUAAUGCUUUUUUUUUUUUUGCUUGUUUUGUGCCUGAAUCACGUGCCUCUGCUGAUUGUAACUUGAAUAUAAUAUUAAUAAAAUAAUUAGAAUGUCUAAACUGAGUGGGUUUUUUUUUUUUCAUUUACAGAAUAGUGUUGUUUCUUGUGUUAAUUGAAAGGAAUAGCUAUAAACUGUUUCUGCACUGAGUGGUUAGGGGUUUUCAGGAGUACAGAGGAGCUGAUUCCCUACAUUGUGUUUACAUGAGCGACAAGAAUAAUAUGUGUAGAUUAUAGCAUGGGAUAAAGGUGAUUAUAAUAUCAUGUGUUUAUAAUUUCACACUGCUUUACAGAGAAAGGCUUUAUUUAAAAUGGCAAAGUCAUAACUUUUAGUCAGUGUAAUUGUUAACUGCUUUGUGUAUUUAAUCAUUAUGGCCAGUUUAAAAGCUUCUAAUGUAUAUGAAUAAACAAACCAAGGAA